AUGUCUUCAACAAUUCGUACAGUUUACAUAUUGUCUGUCGUCGUUUUUUGUGUUACAGAUGGCAGUUCUCUUGGAAUCGAAGUUAUCCACGAUGGUGAUCUCAACCAGUUUCAUCAUAAAAGCCUAGUAGAUAUACAGGCAUUUAUUCAGGAUGAUUAUCAUAUUCCCUGCCAUCCGUCACCGAUACGUUGGACUGAGAUUCAGAUUUCGACUGGAACCGUUCCCAUUCAUUCUGAACGUCUAGGAAAAGGAGUUACAGGCUUCCAGUUAAGAUUUACGAUACCAGAUUGUUUACGUUCUUUUGACAAGUAUGUUCUGUUCCGUUCUGGUGACGCUGCAUGUUGGGUAAUUGCGAUUACAAAUUGCCAGCUGGCAGAUAGUGUCGACUCGAUUUUAACCUCAUCUUCCACGAAACCAAUUCUUCGAUUGGAUAUGGUAUCCUGUCCAGCAACGGCUGGACUAGUUGCUGAACGACUAGAAGUUUACCGUUUGAAUGAGGUUAACAAAGAUAGGUGCGUCGAUUACUCCCUAACCAAGUGGCUGGAACAAAAAAUCUGCUUUUCGUUCAUGGACAGCGACACGAAACGUUUGCUGCUGGAAAAUGAAACAUCUUUCAACUUGAAUAAGGAAUUGCAAGAGUGUGAUCAACUAGAUGAUAUCCGAUGGGGUCAAACGAAUUCUUCAUUUGUUUUCGGCGACGCAUCUAAGAGUGGCAGCCAACUGAAUGGGAGGAAAUUGCGGUUUACAUCACUAGAGCGAUUUCUUGGAGAGAGGCCAUCACCGUAUGUGACCGUGGAACGUGAUGUUAACGGGACUAUCAUCGGUUACAAAGGAUAUUGCUACGAAAUUAUUCACGCGCUUCAAAAGCUCUACAAUUUCACAUACGAAGUUGAGAUUCCUGGCGACAACACGUAUGGAAAGGAAAUAUUAAACGGUAGCUGGAAUGGGAUGAUAGGAAUGAUCCUUGAAGAAAGGGCGGAUAUUGCUGUGGGUGUUUUUUCAGUCACGCACUCCCGUUUUCAAGUUGUCGAUUUUUCUGUCGGUUUCCUAGAAGAACCAGCAACCAUAUUAAUUCCUCCACCAACGCAAGAAAGCCGCUUGUUAGUGUACGCUAAGCCUUUCCAAUUACAGGUGUGGCUAACCCUGAUGGUGUUUGUGAGUGUCCUUCCUGCAAUUCUUUGGUAUUUUCUCAAGUGUUUGUGGAUUCAUUAUCAAGGGAGGUAUCCGUUUUUAGGGGGAAACUACGCGUUUGUCCUUAGGGUCCUCAUUGGCCAGUCUGGACAACAAUUGUCUCCUGUGGGAUUUUCUCCACGUUUUCUCGGAGUUGUGUGGUGUAUGGGUGUAGUCGUGUUUGCGAGCGCUUACGUUGGUGUACUCGUGUCUUUUCUUCGCUUUCCGAAAUUAUCACCAAUCAUCAGCAACUUGGAGGAGCUUCCACGAUCGCAAUUGAAGUGGGCUGUAGUGAAGGGAACGGCUCUCGAAUCGCUCUUUAUCGAAGCCACAUCUGGAGUUUACAAGGCAAUUGGAGAAGGAUUAUUAACGCAUCCAGAAAACCGUGUUAGCUCGGGAAUGGAUGGAAUUCAGCGUGUAAUUAAUGGAAGCUACGCUUAUAUAGAAGAAAGAUCGUAUCUUAAGGCUAUCACAGAACAGGAUCACGCCAAGACGGACAAGUGCCGCUUCAGUUUCGUCAAUCAGGAAUUUUUCAAAGUCAAUUUUGCAUUUGCUUUACCAAAAGCCAGUCCGCUGAAACCUCUUUUGGAUAAAAAGAUUUUGCAAAUGAUUGAAGCAGGUUUGGGAAAGUAUUGGAAAAAUCUUUAUUGGCCGUAUUCUGGUGCUGACGAAUGUGGAAUUGCUAAACAAUCUGAAGGAGCCAAAAGUCUAACACUUGCAGAUUUGCAGGGCGCUUUUCUUAUUUUGGCUGUCGGAUGGGGAUUAGCGAUUAUUUUAUUUUUAGCUGAGAACUAUACUUCUCUGUCCCUCAAUGUUUGUGUAACUAGGUUUUUGUUCAACUCAUUUCGAUGAUUAGCAAAGAACGUGGAAAGUUAGCACGGUUAAUUA